UAAGCUAUAUAAACUUUCAGGAUGAUCGUGCGCUCGAGUCAUCACUGAACUCAGCCUCAGCUAUGUGGUCUACACGCCUGCUCACAGCCUUUCUGGCCGUUCUGCUCGGUGUGGGAGAGGGGGCCAUCCAGCUUCAGCCGCUCAGCACCGUGUAUCUCCCCUGGGAGUUCAACAAUGACGGGACCCUAGACUACGAUCUGGACAAGGGUGCCGCGGAGCAGGUGGCCUACCAUCCCGGACAGAAAAUGGUCUACGCAGUUGGUGUGGAAGGUUUGCUGACUGUGAUUGAUGUGAGCGUUCCCACUGCGGCCAGGGUUGUUCACACCCAGGAACUUCCAAAUGCACAGAUGGGAAAAUACAACGGUCUGGCGCUAUGUGGGGACAGCAUUGCCGUGAUUCAGUCCAACCCGCUCGACGCUCUGCCGGGCACGCUCUACAUCUAUGGUGUCUACAACGGCUUCUCCGACAUGGCGCUGAAUAACCAGUUGCAAGUCGGGCCCGCACCUAGUUCUGUGAAGUUCCGGAGCGACUGCGCAAGGCUGGUGGUGGUGAACGAGGGCAAGGCCGGGUUGGACUCAUUCGGGAACUUCAAAAAUCCGCCAGGAACCAUCUCGGUGGUGGACUUCGACAUAAAUAGCUUGGGCGGCGGCACGCUGGCCUCCUACACGAUCAACUUUCUCAGAUUUGACCACUUGCAGGAUGAGUAUACAGCCCGGGGAGUUCGCUGGGUGUACCGGGGUGAAGGGACGGGUGUCCCCGGGAGGAUGUCUGAUGAGCUGGAGCCCGAGGACUUCUCUUUCGACGAAACUGAGAACAAGAUCUACGUCACCCUUCAGGNGAACAAUGCGAUAGCCGUGGUAAACCUCACCACCCUGAUAGUGGACGAGAUCUACCCGCUGGGUGCCAAGAACUGGGCAAACUACAUGUUGGACCCGAGCGACAAAGAUGGCGGAAUAAGGAUGCAGAACUGGCCAAUCUUUGGGCUCUACCAGCCUGAUGAUGUUGUGUCCUUUACUGUGGGAUCACGCACGCUUCUCGCCACUGCAAAUGAGGGGAACAGCCGUGAACUGACUGUAGGGGGAGUCGACAUCACUGACGAAUGGAAAGGAAAAGAUUUUAUCACAAAUGGUGCUGUGGCCCCUACUGUACCCCAGACUCUUGUUGCUGCCUUGCAGGAUGAUGCUCAACUAGGUGUUCUGAGGUUUAGUAACUACGACGGGAAAUCAGCUUCCAAUCCUGGCCAAUAUGAGCAGUUCUACGCUUUUGGGGGCCGAGGAUUCUCCCUGUGGAAGGCAAGCGACCUCACACAGUUUUGGGACAGUGGCGCAGAUGUAGAACUCCAGCACACACGUCAUCUUCCUCUCAUCUUUAACUGUGAGUUUGAUGACGCUAACCCCGAUAAGAGCCCCAUGGAUGAGAAAGAUGAAGCCUCCAAGAAAAAGGGUCCAGAGACAGAAUCAUUGGUUGUGGCAGAGGUUUACGGGAAGACAGUCAUCAUCAUCGGCAACGAGCGACCUUCAAGCCUGAUGAUCUACUCUGUAGAUGCUGUUACAGGAAUCCCCAGUUUUGAGAGCAUCUUCCGGGCAGGGGACAUCAGUAAAAACUAUGAUGAUGCCUACAACGACCGGAACAUUGGAGAUCUGGAUCCGGAGAGCAUGAAGUGAGUAUCAUAUCUAACACAGGAA